AUGGCCGACAUGACCAUCCCCAAGAGGCACAAAGCCGCGGUGUACAGCCAGCCAGGGACGACGGUGAUCGAGAUUGUUGAGGUGGAUACACCUGAGCCAGAAGAGGGCGAAGUGCUGGUCCGACUCAGUCACUCGGGCGUAUGUCAUUCAGACUACUCCUUCAUCAUGAACGCGUGGGAGCAUAUGCCAGAAAGCACGCCGCGCGGGCAGAUCGGAGGCCACGAAGGGGUCGGCACGGUCGUCAAAGUGGGACGGGGUGUCAAGGCAAGGAAGGUGGGCGACCGUGUGGGUGUUAAAUGGAUCACCUCGACCUGCUUAACAUGCGACAUGUGCCUAGUCGGCGACGAAGGCCGGUGUCCGUUCAAGAAGGUCUCGGGCUACAGGAACCCUGGAACGUUUCAACAAUACGUGUGCAGCGACGCAGCAUAUGUCACACCAAUUCCCGACGGCCUCGACUCCGCGCUGGCCGCCCCUCUCCUGUGUGGAGGUGUCACGGUGUAUAAUGCUUUGCUCAAGGGCAACUUGAAGCCUGGGGACUGGGUGGCGCUUUCUGGUGCAGGCGGUGGUCUCGGUCAUUUAGCCAUCCAAUAUGCCAAGAGUAUGGGUUUCCAAGUCAUCGGCAUCGAUCACGGCUCCAAGAAGGAGUUUUGUCUCGGAAUUGGUGCCAACGUCUUCCUCGACUUCACCCAGUACACCGAUGCCCAAUUGUUUGAGGAGGUAAAGAGAGUGACCAAUGGCGGGUGCCACGCCGUGCUGGUACUCAACGGCUCCACCAAGUCUUACGACCAGGGAUUAGACAUGCUUCGCUACGGGGGGACGCUGGUCUGCGUCGGCGUGCCUGAAAAGGCCAUGCCACUCCAAAGAGCACAGCCGCAUUUCUUGAUCACCAACCAACUAAGCAUUCGAGGAACAGUAGUUGGAAACCGGAGAGACGCUGUUGAGUGCAUGAAGCCCGCGGCUAGGGGUGAGGUCAAGACCAAGAUCAGCAUUGAGCCCUUGAGCAAGCUGUCCCAGGUCUUUGAUGAUAUGGGUUCAGGGCGGUUACAGGGAAGAGCUGUUAUAGAUGUCUGGAAGCUUUAA